AUGAAAAUCCUCGGCAAGCUAAACGCCGUGGAGGAAAGGAAUUUCAAGCGACAGCGGCUGGCCGGUUCGGACGCGACCCGCGCAGGCUUCACGCUAGAGUCGACGCUUUCCAGGCGCGAGAGACGUUCGGUGGCCCGGGGCUGGAGCAAGAGGGAAGGAAAGCUUCGACGGGACUUCGACAAGCGGGAUAAGAUUAGGGAAGGGUACGAAGGGAAGGCAAAGGGCUCGAAGCAGUACCUGUGGGAGCGGGGAUGGUGGAACGAGGGGAUGAAUGCGUCAGUGGGGAUCGCUGACGAGAAGAACGUCGAGAAAGUCUUGCAGGCACUGACGGAUAUUGAGAAGGGGUGUUUGGGACCGGAAGAGGCGAAGAUGUACCUCUCCAACGGUAAGUGGAGCACGGAGUUCACCGAGGGGGCAGAGGUCUACGACAUGAAGCUCAAGGUUGGCGACACACAGACCAGCACGUUUGCGGCAGGUUCUCCACCUCCCUUUUACGAGUGGGAUGCGCCGCGCAAAGAUGUGAAGGUCGCGCGCAAGGCUAAGCGCAAGAGCAAAGCGGGAGCGGGGGUUGGCGCAGGCGAUGUGGCGGCUGAUGGGGCUGGAACAAAGCCUAGGGAUAAGAUUAAGGAAGGGUACGAAGGGAAGGCAAAGGGCUCCAAGCAGUACCUGUGGGAACGGGGAUGGUGGAAAGAGGGGAUGAAUGCGUCAGUGGGGAUCGCUGACGAGAAGAACGUCGAGAAAGUCUUGCAGGCACUGACGGAUUUUGAGAGUGAGAGGACGGCGCUGCAGUACUUGGUCGAGAGCAGGGGACACAUACUUUUGUUGUCUCCGAAGUGUCACCCAGAGGUAGCGGGGGUAGGGAUCGAGUACUCGUGGGGGUUUUCCAAGCAGAGGUUUCGGCGGAAGUACAACGACGAAGUCCCGAAGCACUUGCACGCCAACAUCGAAAAAUCGAUGUGCAGGGAAAAGCAUUUGACGAUCGGUCGGGUGCGACGCUUCGCCCGGCGUACACGGGACUACUGCCGAGCUUACCGCGAAAUACAGCUGGGUGCGGCAGACGGCCAGGGUCUACAGCUGGUCGAGAAAAUGCGCAACACCCAAAAGGCUCACCGCAACAUACUGGACAUGGAGCCCGGUUUCCUUGGCAAGCAGUGACCUUGGCCGGCCGGCAGGAAGGGGGGGGGGUACAUGAUGCUGUAGAGAGUUACAUGUAUAUGUUGUUGAAGAUUGUAUAGUUGUUUAUUUUACGCAGCGUGCGUGUUGUUGUUGGCUUUGUAUUACAGGUUAAGCAUGGGUGUGGUUGUGUGCAAAAUAUCGUGCGGUGAUGCCGUAAAAGUCUGCUUUUUUUCCGGUCGAGUUGAGACAUAUUUGUUCGAGUUUGUGCACGCGCAUGUUGGCGUCGUGAGCUUUUAAUACAUGUUUCACAUCAUCACGACCAGUGGGUACAACUCAUGUACGUCAUGGGCUGGUAGGCAGCGCCAGUGUGGCUCCUGCCAACUACACCGCUUUCGCACACGUCUCUACGGUCCCUAGACCCCUCAUUUUCCUAUAUAAAUGGUGUGCCCCUGCACCCAGGUUCUGAGGCCAGAACAAAAUUCUGGAUUUCCCGCGCGGUUUUUUCGAAUGAGAACCUGAAAUUUUGAGACGGCAUCUGCAUGAGUACAACAAAAACAAUUACCACUGCGCCAUUUUGGAUUUUGUUUUUU